UGAAAAGGUGAGCAAGAGAAAGGGACGAUAAAAAUGAAUAUGUGUCUAUACUCAUAAGGGGGGUCAUUUCAACCUGAUUUCGAGGAAUUGCCCACUUACCGUUCGAACUCGCCAAAAACCGGGGUAAAACGGCCCGGUCAAGACUCGCGGGGAACGAGAGCCUUUUAGCUGCGUGAUGGGGUAACUCCGUUCAAAAUAAGGGGAUUUGCCGUAUCGUUCCUCCACCUCGGCCCUCUUAACUAUGACGCUGACUGUCUGGACGCGUGUUCUGUGCUGUACGGCCCUACCUUGUAACGUACGGCAGAUCGAGCCUGGCCAGCUUCCGUCUGGAGCUCAUCAAUGGACCUUCGGGUAUGUUCUCUUAUAACCGCACCGACCUCGAGAUUCCCCAGCUUUCGCAUCGAUUUGUAUCUGCGAAGCUCUGUCUCAGAGGAAUAGAGAUCUGUAAACAUUUUCGUGAACGCAAUCGAGGUUCCAGCUUGAUAUCACCUCUGAGUAUCACCGUCGAAUCUGCGACAGGACCUAGCAUACUGCUAAUUGCACACCAUGGAGAUCCUCUCAGAAGCUAGCAUGCCCGCCGUGGCCAUGGCAUCGGCACUGGCAGUUGGCGCGGGCGCAUACCUCAAUGCGAAGCUUGCGAUCUCAACGGAUCUGACCGCCCUUUCAAACGACCGCGCCUUUGGCAAGCGACUGGCCGAGCGUAUCGGCAGUCUCGGCCAAUCGACCACGAUUUACAAGCUCCUCGAGCGAGUUGUCGACGUGGAGGGGCAUGGUGCGGAUGAUGCGCUCUGGUUUGAACACAAGACUUGGUCAUACAGCCAAAUCAAGGACGGGGCCGAUCGAUUGGCUGCUCUUCUUCACGCCCGAGACGUCAAGGCGGGUGAUUUUGUGGGCGUCUUCUCUACCAAUUCUCCCGAGAUGGUGAUCAUCCUCUACGCGCUGGCCAAGUUGGGUGCCGUGGCCGCUAUGAUCAACACGAAUUUGCGGGAUGAUACGUUCAUUCACUGCCUCAAUGUCUCGGGCUCAACGCUCAUUAUAUCGACACCCGAUCUUUCUGAAUUCGUUUGCGCCGAUUUACCACACCUGGCUUUCAACCUAACGUCCUUUGAGGGUGUCUCGACCGGUCCAGUCGAAAUUAUCACCGCAUCCGAUUUGCAACAAUACUCUCCAUCGGGAUUGUCACCCGCCAAGCGCACACCCAAGGAUUUGACAGCUCUGAUCUACACCUCCGGAACGACUGGAAAGCCCAAAGCCUGCGCUGUCCGGAACAUGAUGGCCAUUAUCACAUCCACCCCACUUACAAUGGACGCGAAGAACCCGUCCAAGUACUACCCUCUUCGCACCUAUUCAUCUCUACCACUUUUCCACGGCACAGCUUUCUUCACCGGGUUGUGUUACUCAGUGGGCAACGCCGGAACGCUCUGCCUGAGACGCAAAUUCUCCGCCUCUCAAUUCUGGAAGGAUGUCCAUGAUUCAAAGGCGACGCGGAUUUUGUACAUUGGCGAACUAUGCCGGUAUCUACUCUCCACACCCCCAUCACCUUUCGACCGCAAUCACAACUGCAUCGCAGCUUCGGGUAAUGGACUCCGCGGCGAGAUCUGGGAAAAGUUCCGUGGGCGAUUCGGUGUUCCCGAGGUGCGCGAGUUCUAUCGUUCCACGGAAGGAAUUGCCAAAUUUGAUAACCACGGUGUUGGGGCUUGGGGUGCCGGUAAGGUCGGCUUCUCGGGUCCGAUCCGUCGCUUCCUUGAGGAUGACACUUUUAUCGUCAAAUAUGAUACUGAAACGGAGAUGCCUUACCGUGACCCGGUGACUGGAUUCUGCGUUCGUGCUCGGUUGGGCGAGGAGGGUGAGGCGAUUGGCCGUGUGCGGGAUCGUGGCUUGUUGACCGAGUAUUUGCGCAACGAAGAGGCUACCGAGGGCAAGUUGUUACGGGAUGUCUUCCAGAAGGGAGAUCUCUUCCAGCGCACGGGUGAUUUGGUCGUUCAGGACCACUCUGGCUGGAUUAAGUUCCAAGACCGCGUGGGAGACACCUUCCGCUGGAAAGGCGAGAAUGUGAGCGCUGGUGAGAUUCGAGAUCAUAUCUGCCGUAUCGAAGGCAUUCACGAUGCUGUGGUAUAUGGCGUCAAGCUUGCUGGGUACGAUGGCCAAGCCGGUGCUGCUGGAAUUACUUUGGAAGAACACUCUCCCACCUUUGAGAUCGAAUUCAUCUCAAACUUGUAUAAAGAGCUGAAGAAGAGAGGCGUCCCUUCGUACGCACUUCCUCGCCUAGUUCGGAUCACCGAGAAAGUUGCUACCGGUGUGACGUUCAAACAAGCAAAGGGCGAUCUCGUGAAGAAGGGAUGGGAUCCCCGCAAGGACUGGGGCGGAGAUACUUUGUACUGGUUGAACGGGACCAAGUACGAGAAGCUGAAUGACCAAAGCUGGUCGCAGAUCGAGGGAGGCAGAGCCAAACUGUGAAGCCUGAUAGACAACAGACUUCCUCGAUAGACUCACCUCGUGUAUAUAGAUACUAGAUCAUGCAUGUACAAUCUUAUUGGCUAGGGAAGAUUGCGUCCACAGGCCAAAAUACCGAGUUCUUCCUACCGCAUAGGUAGUGGUCAGGUGGGACUUUUUCGGGG